AUGGCGGCGCGGCCCCUCCCAAUGGUGUCCAUCUGCUUGCAGACAUUUGCAGCAGCAAGACCUACACACCGUCGGUGCAGGUACGCUGCGGCCGAUGUGGCCGGGGAUACUGGGCGUCUGCUUCCGACUGUGGUAGGUAGUCGGCCCUGGAGUCUGGGCCCUCUCGCUGUCGACUUAGUGCUCUUCCCGUCGAAGCCUUUCCGGAAUCUUCCAUCGCCUGGCGGAGGUUCACGGACGUACGUCUCUUGGAGCACGACGGCCGUACUAACAAGCCACAGGCUAUUCCCGUCGCCUAGUCGAAAAGCAACCUGACUAAUAUCUCGAUUCUUGACGGACGGGAGUCCCCAUCCGGCAUAUAAACAAUCAAAGGUAGCCAAGAUCUCGAGAUCUAGAACGUCAAGUCGAGCCUACGAGGUUGCUGCCGGAAAAAAAGGUAAUCUCCAUUCUUGGUAUCACAGAGGUAGACGUGCUCCAAGCGGAUCUCGUAUCCACGUUCUCUCACUCGUGGAACCGACAAGCCGGGACGGCUAGCAUUGGCUCGUAAGCAACGACCUCGAGAAGCUUCGACACGCGAACACGCGACGUGUGACACCAACUGAACAGAAAAAUGUCUUCAUCUCCACGCGGGUUCCAGCCCCAGACAAACGCAAAACCAUUGAUCCAUCGCUUUCCUCUUCCACAUGGGGGGAGUGCGUAGUCGACAACCGAAGCGACCCAAGCUGAGACAAAAAAUGGAAAAGUUUGUGCAGUGGCAACCGUUCCAACGGGCGCGUGCUCUGGGAUGGAGUGAGUAGGUCAGUAAGAGAGACAAUGUAAUCUUGCGCGAAUGCUGUGACAGGGAGGCAGGUGAGAGAAAGUUGUGGAAAUGAGAGUGACAACGUUUCAAUAUACCCCCGGUGCCCCCGGCGCCGUGGCCGUUGAUAGCGAGUUACGCAGGGAGAGAAAGCUUUAGAUGACGGGAUAUAUGCAAAGGGAUGAUAUAUCCGAUUUAAAUCCUGGAAACCACGUUUGAACGGUUGGACCUCCUUGUCUUGCCAUACAGAAGAAGAUCGUUUUGUUUUUCCUUUCCCUUUCCCACGUUUUAUUGUUGAACUUGCAUGAACUAUCGAGCGUUGUGCUGUGCUCGGCGGGGACUCGGGAAGGGAGUGGAAGGGAUGGGGAAGAAGGAGUCGUCUGUCUCUCAUAUCUUUAAGCGAUACGGACCAUGGAUUUCACCAUUUGCUAGUAUGGUCUUGCUUGAUAACCGACGUUUCGUUUCGUCGUGGGAAGCUAUUUGUUCAGGCGUGCCAGGUAGAGCAUUCUGGUGUCUGACUGACGCCCGAGGCGAGCGGACUCUUGGCCAUUACGCUGGCGGUUGACUCACGUAUCUUGACGGCGUGUUUCGACUUUGUACUUAGCAUACGUUUAGAACUUGUGACGAG